AGAGCAGCUUUCUUGGAGAGUGUGUUGAAUUGUAUCGGACGGGAAACAAAAAGUCACAAUGGAACUCGUUACCUUGAUUAUUAGUGCCUUUCUGGGUCUCGUGGCUCUCGUCUAUUACUAUCUGCGUCGCCAGCAACAGCACUGGUGCAAACAUGGGAUUCCAGAUGCCCCCAAGCCCCAUCUAUUGUUCGGGAACGUGAGCGGAAUUGGGCGUACCGCCCAUACCUACACCCUGCUGCAGGGACUGUAUUGGGACUUCAAAAGGCGUGGUUUGCCGAUUGGGGGAUUCAUGAACUUUUUCCAGCCCGCGAUACUGGUUGUUGAUCCUGAGAUGUCGAAAAGCGUUCUGGUUAGGGACUUCAACGUGUUCCACGACAGGGGUAUCUAUGUGGAUACGGUGGGUGACCCGGUCAGUGGUGGAUUGUUCAGCCUAGAGGGUGUUCAGUGGAAGGUUAUGAGGCAGAAGCUUACUUCGACCUUCACGUCGGGCAAGAUGAAGUACAUGUUCGGAUCGGUGCUGAGUGUUGCGCAGGAGCUGAAGGCGUUUAUGGUGGAGAAUUGCCACCGAGAGGAUCUGGAGUUGAAAAAUAUCCUACAACGGUUCACGAUGGACGUGAUCGGAAAUGUGGCGUUCGGGAUUGAGUGUAACACAAUACGGUGUCCCGACUCGGAGUUUAGAACGAUGGGUAACAAAGCGUUCGAAUUCGAUACAGUGCGAAUAUUUAAGUUCUUCGUCGGGGGAAAAUACAUGACGCUGGCGCGGAGAAUCGGGAUGAAAGUGGUACAGGAAGAUGUGGCAAGUUUCUUCAUGAAUUUAGCGAGGAGUACGGUGCGCUUGAGAGAAAACAGCGAUACGAAAAGGAACGAUUUCAUGAAUUUAUUGCUGGAGGUCAGAAACAAUGGAAAGUUCAGCAGUGAGCCAAAUUCUGGCGGAGAAGGACUUACGAUGGGUGAAAUAGCGGCGCAGUGUUUCCUGUUCUUCACCGCCGGCUUCGAAACAUCUUCUUCGACGAUUAAUUUCUGUCUCUACGAACUGGCCAUGAAUCCAGAGCUGCAGGAAAGAUUACGAAGUGAAAUUGUUGAUGCGAUUACCAAAGAUAAUGGGAAAGUAACUUACGAUACCAUAAUGGGAAUGGAUUUGUUGGAGCGGGUUGUGAAUGAAACCCUCCGCAAGUAUCCACCUGUGGAUAAUCUGUUCCGCGUAUCCAACGCGCGGUACACUUUUCCGAACACAAAAUAUACCAUACCGGCGGGGACAUUCCUCCAAAUACCCGUGUAUGCAAUGCAUCAUGAUCCGGAACACUUCCCAGAGCCCGAUCGCUUCAACCCGGAUCGAUUCCUACCGGAAGUGAUGAAAUCCCGCCACCCGUUCGCAUAUUUACCGUUCGGCGAGGGUCCGCGAAUCUGUAUCGGGAUGCGAUUCGGGUUAAUGCAAACCAAAAUAGGUCUGGUGACAAUGCUGCGGAACUUUCGGUUUUCGCCGAAUGCAAAGACCCCUCGCAAGAUGGAGUUCGAUCCGAAGGUAUUUGUGAUAUCGCCGAAAAUGGGGUUGUACCUGGAUAUAAAACCAUUGUAAUGCUUAUUAUAAGAAAGAUGGUUAGCGAUGUAAUCAUCAAAUUAUGUAAAAUGAUGUGAAACAGUUCCACGCCAAACUAACCGAACGAUGCGUUGAACCUCACCAUUUUUAUUAAACGGUUUCAUUUAGCUUGCCCUGUAAUCUGUUUGCAUGUUUGUAUGUUUGUAUGUUCGUAACAUGUUUGUCUGUAGCGCUGACCCACAAUAAUAGAAAUUACCCCCUUCCUGUUGAUCGAUUGAUCUGAAAUUUGGAACACACCUUUAUCAUUAUAAUGAAAAAUCCAAAUCCAAGAUGGCUGCCACUACAAAAUGGCGGACUACAUAUUUUCUCAAAACCCUAUUAUUAUGGGUAUCAGAUGAAAGGGCUUGAAUAGUAGAUCACAGUAGAUCAUGGAAAAUCCAAAUCCAAGAUGGCCGCAAUCACAAAAUAGCAAAUUACUUUGUUAAUCGGUUUUACUUAGCUUAAACUGUUCGUAUGUAUGUUUGUAUGUCUGUAGGGUUGCCCUACAUUAAUAGAAAUUUGACCGAUAGGAAUAGACCGAAUUUAUAAAAUACCUUUAUCUCUGCUGUCAUUUUAAAACUGCUUAUCUUGGAAAAUCCAAUUUGGCCGCCGCUACAAAAUAGCUGAUUCCAUAUCGUCUCAAAAAAAGGUUGAUUGAGAUAUGUGUAGCAAACGAACGAAUUUGACUUGGAGAACACACUAUGUAUUUUCUGCAAUCCACUCAAUAUCGGUAUCAAAUGAAAUUUUUUGACCGAUAGAAUACAGUACAAUGGUUUUAUUGUAGAGAAAUAUUCUAAUGAAGCAGAUAAUGUACUAAAAACUAGAUAGUAAAAUAAGUAAAAAAAAUUAAGUUAAACGGUUUAAUUGUGAUUAUGUACUAAAAGCUAGAAAAUAUUUAGGCAAGUAUCAGUUAGCAGUUAUCACACCUCUCUCAGUCUAGGGCAUUGAUAAAACUAUUCUCACUUUCCUCUGAGAUCUCGCUUCCCCUAUUAAUGAUCCAACCAAAAUUGUACACAUUAUUCAAUCAUAUUGCCUUUUUCUAUUCCUCUAAAUUGUCAUUCAACAGAAUCGAGAAUCGUGUGUAAAUAUAGAUAAUUCAAGUUUCAACUUUUUUAUAUACUUUUCUUGUUCAGCGAUUCGGAAAUGACGAAUUGCCACCAAACAACAGUGAUGCGUUUUAUCGCAUUCAAUUCGACAUUUAGCUUAUUGGACAGACCUGUAAUGCGACACGUUUAAGUGGACAUUUUUCCUCUAAUUGGACAUUUUAGUAAACAUCGCGAAUGUCCAAUUACAGGUCAAAAUCGCCUCCAAUGCGACACUCGAAUUAGACGUAAAUUACUGUAAAUACAAUUAAAUGUUUAUUUUUGCACCGAAAUACUCAUCUAGCUUUAUAAAAUAGUAACAUAUAAAAACUGUAUAAUGUCAUGCAACUUUGGUCGCUUCUGUCAUAAGACUUUUGAAGGAUUAUAAAACGCAUUCAAACUUUGCAAACUCCAA